GGUUUGGAAAAUUUUGGCACAAUAAUCUGGCAGUUGGCACUUUGUUUUCUUCUAGCCUGGACCUUGGUCUUUCUCGUGCUCAUCAAAAGAAUCACAUCGCUGGACAAAGUUGUUUACGUGACAUCCAUCUUUCUACACCUCCUACUCGUUCUGAUGCUGGUCCGUGGUGUAACCUUACCUAAGGCCUCUAUUGAAAUUAAGCUCUACAGGCUUCUACCU